AGCCUUAUAUUGCAUGUGCUCCAUGGGCAGAUUUCACAAAGGAAUUAAUUAAUUUUGACCUGAUAUGAUGGGGCCAACUUGUUGACCUGUAACCCUUGUUUGUGGUUGAGAAGUUUACAUGAUUUUACCUGUGUAAAAUCACUGAGUUUAUAGCACUUGGAGCUGCAUGUGCUCAGGGUUUUCUUCCCUGUACACUCUCUAGUACUGUACUGCUCUAGUGCUGCCAGGAUCAUCUUACUCUGGAGUGUUCAGGUGACAUUCCCUUAGAGGUCCUCCUCGCUUGUGGUGGCCCUCACCUUCUGUCUUUUCCCCAUGGUGGGGAGCAUCUUGGCACCACGCUCCACAGAACCAGAAUUUGAACAUUAACAGUGAAACUGGACAGGAGGAAGAAGAGGAGGACUUUGUUAGUGUGAUGGACUCUGAUAGUGACAGCUUACCAGACCUGACAAUUGCACCCAUCCCCCGGAAGAUUCGUCGUAAAAAAAGACGAACUGUGAAAGACAUCGCUUUUAAAACGCUAAGCAGGAAUCCAAACCCAAGUCUACUUCAAAACUUAAAUAACAAUAUUGACGAGUUGCAACACGAAGGUGGUGUUACGCAUUCACAAAGUCUUCCAGAUGACAGUCAAAGAAAAUAUAUAUGGAUUAAUGAAGACCUUACUAUCGUGGAUAAGGUCAGUGAUGCAAAAACAUUCCUAAAGCUGACUGGAAAUUGGCAAAAACUCUCGGUUCCUUUGGAGGCCAUAAGGCAUUGCAAUGCCCUAGAGAAGUGUAUACAUCCAAAAAUGAAAAGGCACAGAUACCCCUUGCAAAACAAAGAAGCUGAAUUAUAUUGUAAGAAUGAAGAUGAUGAUAAAAAAAGAAGCUGUGUUUUGAGAAGAAGACAGUCUGUUAGCAUGGUUAGUAAUAAAACACGGGCCACAAAAUGUCAGGGAUUCACGCCCAAGAUUUGCACAAAGAAAUGCUAUGUUAAGCUACGAAGAUUAAUUGUGUGUACUCCUAGCCAAGUGAAGUUGUAAGGCAAUGGUGUGGAAAGUGCUGUGUGGUAAAUUAACUUUUAUUAAUAUACAAGGUGCCUCAGAAUUAGCCAUUUCUGUGAAAUAGACAAAUCUAUUAACCUACAUAAUUUCAGGUUUUUACCCAAUUUUUAUAUGAUUUAUAAAUCUACAGUAUCUGCUUUUCAGUCAAAUCAUUAUUGAGAACUUUCAGUAGUAGUAGUAGUAGGCAUCCAUCAGUCAUAGGAGACUAUAGAGUUGCGCUCUGGUAGUUGGUCUGGAGUGGCCUCUCCAGGGCGCAAAGCCAGGGUAGGUUGAUACGGAGAAGCUGUUACCCAAGCAGCAGGUCCCCCCCUUCUCCACAGCACCGAAAGUCUUCAUUGGAAAGGCAAACUCCAAUACGAUUGGAUCCAGUGCUGUCGCAGGAACUGUCAGAACGAGGUUGAAGGCAAAAGCGAACUGCCCGAGAGGCUCCAGCUCCGGAGUUAUCUUCGAAGUUGGUAAUAGAAGGCACAGGGACUCUAAACCCGGAGAUCACCGUGGUUGGGGCCGGAGAAGGACCACCCCAGCAAGGGCAAGAAUGACUCUAGCCUCCCGAAGCAGAGUUUGGGCCGCACGAACCCCAGGAGGUGGACUUCCGAGCCCCGCACCUACGGGUUCCAGACUGAGAUAGUCAUAGCCCUCUUUCAUCUGAUGCUGGCUUCUUUCAAGACCAAGCAGAAGGAAGAGUAAUUAGUAAUUACAACAAUUAUUAUUAUAAUAUAACUAAUAAUUAUUACUCUUCCUUCUGCUUGGUCUUUAAGGAAGCCAAAGAAGCUGUCUGGAACUUUGAACAUGUGCUGUAUAUACAGUAUGUAUAUUUUUAAUCUAACCUUAGCCUUGCAAAACAGUUUUUAAAUUUGUUCACAAGUUCAUGAAUUGCUUUGUAGGACUGAUUCUGUGAAAUUUCUUUGUAAAUCUUUCUCUGAUUUCAUUGUAGUACAAUCCUUUGAUACGAGACAUCACAAAGAUGUGUUCUUGUGUAUUCAUUACAAGUGUGAGGCUUCUACACAAAAGAUUAACUUUUAAAAAUUUUGCAUUUGUAACAUGUGUUUAUUAAUGUUUAAUGAAUGCAAACAAAAAUUAGUUCGAUGUCAUAGAAAGAUGCCCGAUUCUGGGACAGCCUUGUAUUAUCUUAGGCAGUAGGUAA